ACACCGUUCCCUCCAAGCAGAAAUGUCAAAAUGGCGUCAACGCAGGACGCUUGGUAUAUUUCUUUACUUGGUUUAGCGGAACAUUUCCGCACAUCAAAUCCUCCUGACAUAAAAAGUUGUAUUCAAUGUUUACAAGCUGUAUUUAAUUUCAAGCCACCACAAAGAGUUGAAGCCAGAACACAUUUACAACUUGGAAAUAUCCUUUUGACACACACUAAAAACAUCGACUUGGCGAGAACUCAUUUGGAGCAAAGUUGGUGUUUAUCGCAGAGCAUUAAUGGAUUUGACGAUGUUAAAUUUGAAGCCGCCAGUGUGCUUGCGGAUCUUUUUGAACAGCAGGGUCAGCCGACACAUUCGAAACCAAUAUUACGAAAAGCGAUUGAAUUGUCACAGCACAGUGUAUAUUGGCACUGCAGGCUAAUAUUCCAACUAGCACAAAUCCAUGCUACUGAGAGAGAGUAUGAGGUAGCAAGUAGUUUACUGGGUGUUGGUGUAGAUUAUGCACAGAUAUCAAAUGCUGCUUAUACAAGGGUACUGUUUUUACUAAGUAGGGUUAUGUUACUACUAAUAGACAAGAAGAUCCAAGAAGUGUUGCCACUUUUAAAUCAAGCAGGUCACCUUGUUGAAUCAUGGGUUGGCAGUCCACACCAGAAGGAGUACCUAAAAGUGUUCUUUCUAGUUUUACAAGUAUGCCACUAUUUAAUGGCAGGACAAGUGAAGAGUGUGAAACCUUGUUUAAAGCAAUUGCAACAAAGCAUCCAGACAAUUAUGGCACCAACAUGGCCUGAUGAUGAUGCUGUGUGCGGCGGCGCAAGUGCGGGCGGGGCGGCGGCGGGCGCGGGCGCGAGCGGCGGCGAGUCGUUCGUGUGGCUCUCGCGGCAGCAGCUGUACGUGCUGGUGUACCUCGUCACCGUCAUGCACUCGGCGCAGGCCGGCUACAUGGACAAGGCGCACAAGUACACCGAGAAGGCGCUCGCGCAGAUCGAUAAGCUCACUUCGAGCGAUGACAGCAACUCGAUAGCGAGCGGACAAUCGGCGGGGCGCGCGGGGCGCGGCGGCGCGGCGCUCGCGUGGCGGCUGCGCGUGGCGCUCGUGGAGCACGCGGCGCUGUGCCGCCUCGUCGCCGGCGGCAAGGCGCACGCGCUGCACGAGAUCGCGCGCGCUGCGCACCUGCUGCGCCACCCGCCCAACGCCCAGUGCGCAGCGGCGCACACCCCUCAGCUGCACUGCCUGCUGGGCCUGUACGCGAUGUCCAUGAAUUGCAUGGAGGCUGCCGAGGCGCAGUUCCACACCGCUAUACAUAUGUCACAAGAGAGAGAUCUAUGGAUGUUUGCAAAACUGAAUCUAGCAAUUGUAUAUUUAAGAGGACGAAGAGAUAAUGACUUAGCUCAAAUUAUGGAACAGGUACGACCUGAGGCGUUACCUGCGUACGCGCAUGGUUUGCGCGCCGCUUCAUACUACGUGUUGGGCCUUCAGGCCUUUUUCCAAGCGCGGUAUAAUGAAGCAAAACGGUAUUUAAGAGAAACCCUAAAGAUGGCAAACGCGGAAGACCUCAACAGGCUAACGUCGUGCUCGCUCGUGCUACUGGGCCACAUCUUCCUGUCGAUCAACAACUCGCGCGAGAGCAUGAAUAUGGUGACGCCGGCCAUGCAGCUCGCGAGCAAGAUACCCGACGUUCAUGUGCAAUUGUGGGCAUCCGCUAUUUUGAAAGACCUGUACCGAUUAGCGGGCGAUACGGAGCGUGAGAACGAGGCGUACCAGAUGCACUGCAACUUCUCGCAGGCGCUGCUCAAGGACCACUUCCAGGCGACGCAGCUGCCGCAGCACGCGCUCGUGCACUGGACCAGCGGCGCGCCGCCCGCGCUGCCCGCGCCCCCCGCCGCGCCCGCGCCCGCGCCGCCCGCGCCCGGCGUCUCGCACACGUAGGGCUGCUGAAAGUGAUAGUGAAAGUGCAGUUAUGUGUCACCUCGCCACGAAAGUGAAACUACAUGAAGUACAGUACACGGACCGGUUGUGCGACGUCUUCGCUUACCACACCUCCCGCCGUGCCAGCCCUCGCCCCACCCGCGUCCUGCGUAUCGCAUACUAGGGCUGGUAUCGUUAUAUAGAGUCACCUCGCUGCAAUAAUGUAGCUACACGGAGUAUACAAGUACUACACAAGUAUUCAUUAUUCGCGUCCCCACAGCGCCCGCCGCCGUGCUCAAUGUCGCGCACCCAUAAGGCUUUUGAAUGUGUAUGGUGCAGGUACAUAUAGUAGUGUCAAGUGAGGCUACAGUACAGUUUCGCUUCACCUUCAUGGUAUUGCAGCUACAUGAAGGUCAUUAAGUGAUGAUGAUCAAGCUCAUGAAGCUGCGUGGAAUUAGAGAAUCAUUAUUAGUCUAUAGCUAUUUGAAGACCCUUAAUUUCGGCGUACUACUGUAUACAUGGAGUCAAUUUACCUUCAGUAAUUAGACCCAGUAAAGCUGAGCAUGUUCCUGUCCUGUGUCACCGAAUCCACCCAUGUUAUUAGUGCCCAGUGUUCAACUGCGCCAACGCAUUCUCUAUUCCAUGUAGACCCAAUAAAACAAAGCAAUUGCCACUUUCUGUGCCCCAAUCUCAACUGUUGCAACAUAUAAUAUCCUUAUCAGUGACAGUUUUCUUAUCCUCGCCUACUCUACAUAUUUUGCAUUUGAAGCUAGUAUGGACUUCUACCUAACACAAUUCUUGUCCAGUAUGGCAAUUCUAGAAAUAAAUGAAGACUUCUAACAAUGUGCUAACACAUCUAUCAUUUCUUCCAAACUCAAUCCAUUUUAUUGUUUAAAUCUGAGCUACAUGUUCUGAGAAUCUGAGGUGUAAGUUUAUGUUGUUGUGUUUGUUCAUAAAUCAUUAUUGUUAAAUUGAAAAUAGACAAAUCACAAAUUGAAAGUGCAUAUUGCCUUAUUGGACUUUUGUGUUAAAAAUAUUUAUUUUUUCAUAUUUAUUAAGAAAAUCUGAGCACGGCAAAAAUGUAUUACAAUAAUCAAACAAUAUAUUUGAUAUAGAUUAGAUGCAAACAGUACAAAAAUGUUUAUGCAGACUGAUUUUGUGAUAAUAUGUAUGCAAUAUAACAGUAAUGGUGUGGGCAUUGGUGUGAAUGGGGAAAUUGGCGUAUCAUACGUGGAGGUAUUUAAACCAUUACUUCAUAUCAUAAAAUCGAAGUUAAGAAUUAUUUAUUAUGAAGACAUUUCAAAAACCCUCAAAAAUUCAAUAGAACUUUUAAAUAUAUAUUUGAAGAUUUUACAAAUAAUAAUUUCCCAUCUAUCAUAAUUUAAUAAGUUUUUAACACACCUUCAUGAACAGCAAGCAAUAUCUUUUUUUUAACAUUUAAUUAUUAUUGCUGUAAUUUUCAGAAUUGCAUGUGCAUAAAAUGUUCAAUGUUCUUAUGCAGUUUCAACAAAACAAAAUAUGUUUAAUUUAUUUAAUAUUGCUCGGUCUAGAUUAAAACUUAUUAUUUAAUAAAAAAGUUAUUUUUAGAUGUAUAAUUUAUUAUUAGAGAUUUUUAAUAAAUUAUUUCAAAAAGUAUAUAUAUAAUAAUAAAUUGCUUUCAAAUACGAUUAACAGUUAAAUAAUCAACAUAGUCAAGAGUAAAGCCCCAUAUUCAUGGUAAAGAUUUAAUUUACAUCAACAUGUUGAUGGGGUUGCUAUAAACUACAUGUAAUGCAAUGAAUGCUGUAUAGCUGGCUACACUGCAUGUUCCAGAGUUGAAAUGUUCUCGUCCGAGGAGCGUCAAGUUUGUUGAUCAACUGCUACAAAUUUUUACCGUGAAUACGAGGCUUUAGAGUCAAAUAAAUCUGGUUCUUAUUAUUGAAUCUUAAUUUUGCGUGUUCAUGAUUUGUGUCUUCACUGAGAAGAAAGUCUUUGUCAGCACACAAUCAAUAAUUUCAAUUAAUAAUUAAUUUUAUGUAAUUCCAUUUAUUGUAAGCAAUUAAAAAAGCAUUACCUAUCUGUUAGAAAUACACAUAAAGGACCUAAGAAUUGACGCAAUAAGAGCAAUUUAUUGAAUAUUAGGAUAGUAAAGGACUGAUCAAUAAAUAAAAUACAUGAAGAUCAUAAAAAGCACUCAAGCCGUCUCUAAAAUCGGUAGAUAUGCGAGAUUUUUAUAAUUUAUUACAAAUUGUCCACUUAGAAUGCGAUAAUAGAUAUAUCAUAGGAGAGAAUAGCCGAAAUAAGUUUUUGUAAAAAUACAUAUUCAUUAGUAUUAUUGUUUAGAGGUCGCUGCAGCGCUUGAGAUGCACUGAAGCACAAUAUUUGGCUAGGUAGCGUGCAAACAGACGAUUUCUCCAAAAGGACUGACUAUAUUUGUAAAUAAUUUAUCGAUGCGAAAUAAAAGAACAAAGAUGUCUCAUAUUUAUUUGUUAGUAGAAAUGUUGUUGGCGACUCGCCAGGUUGAUUAUUGUUAGUUGUAAUCACUCAUUGGUGUUUUGAUGGACGGAUUCGCUUACUAUAUUCUAUAUAGGUACGCCACAAUAGAUGUUAAUUAUUUCCGCGGUUAUGUUUUUGUAUCUGAGACUGAUGGUUUCUUCCAUAUUCAUCGAUCUGUCCAUUAAAACGUGCGAUAUCAUACCGUUGUAAAAUAAACACUUGUAAUUUGUAUACAAUUUAUUCGAUUAUUUCCAGACAGUGUGAUGUGGCCUUACGAAUAGGUACAUUUGCUGUUGUUAAUAUGUAAAUAAAAGUUGAAUUAUUGUAAAUAAUAAAAUAUAUGUUUUUUGCUAUAAAUAAUGUCCUUCAUUUACACUUAUUGCAAAUUGUGUCAGUCCAAGAAUUAUGUAUAAUUAUGGCCAAGAAUU